AUUCGUUUCGGUUCUUUCGUUCGUUGAUUCAUCCAUUCAUUCGGCGAUGUCGCAGCUGGCGGCGCUGGGCCAGGGCGCUCACGGGCCGGUGCUGCUGAAGUCUGACACCGACCGCUUCCUGCGCCAGCUCAACGAGGAGGGCAAAGCGCACGGUGAAGGAAGGAGAGAUCAAGCACGGAUCCACCCAUCCAUCCAUCCAUCCAUCCAUCGUUUGUCAUUCUCUGUGUGUGUUAGAUAAGGUGCAGGCGUUGGUCAAGGAGAGCAAGAAGGCCAUAGAAGAUCUGCAGCUCCUCAAGCAGCGCGGCGCACAGACGAAUGAGUUCAUAUCCCAGAGAAUCCAAAGCUCAGAGGUCACCACAAACCACCGCAAACAACACGCAAACAUGCCUAAUGCAUGUGUUUGGCUGUUUGUGGAUGCAUCACUCACUCACUGCAGGCGCGUCUGGGUCAGAUCUUGGAGAGUGCGUCGGCGGUGGCUCAGCAGAUCAGCGAGUCCAAGGGUCUGUUCGCCGUGCUAUCGCAGCAGAGGGAGACGCUCGCGGUGCUCAUGGAGUCCGUGACGAAACGAGCCAUUGAGCGAGGUGAGCUACAAUCAAUCAAUGACAAAGGGGAGAGAGACAUCUGUGUGGUGUGGUGUGUGUUGUUUCAUGUGUCGUUGGUGUGGUGUGGUGUGGUGUGCAGAGGGUUGUUUGGAUCAUCUGCGUCGCAAGCACAACAAGCUGCAGGACACACUCACGCGCCAACUCGCCACCAACAUGCAACUCCACGAACACAAGGUGACCCACACACCCACGACACCACAACACAUCGAUGGUGGUCCAUGUGUGUGGUGUGUGGUGUGAUGGUGGUGGGUUUGUCAGAUGAUGACGCUCGAGGACCUGCGCGCCCACCACUUGGAGUCGUGUGGGGUCCAGGCCGACACACGCAUGACUCGAGAGAAGAAGGCCGAGGUCGACAAAGGCACCGCUGCCGUCGACGAGGCCACCCGACAGCUGCAGCAGCAGAUCGACCAACUCAAGCAGGAGGACGAACGCAUCACCGAGAUGACUGCCAAGGCGAGAACCAGCCUGGCACAGAUGGCCGACAAACACAAACGCCUCAAAGGUGAAGGCAACGAGACCACCUACACACAAAAGAAAAACACCUGACGCACUGCUCUUCUCUUGUACCAUCAGAUGGCAUUGAGAAGGUUCGUGUGCAGAAGGAAAAGAAGCUCAAAGAACGGGUCGGGUAAUGUCACAAAUCCUCAUUCCCUGCAUGUCGUCUGUGUGUCAUCCGUCUGUGUGUAUGUGUGUGUGUGUGUAUGGUGUCAGGAGGAGAGCAAGGCGGCAAUGCUCGAGUCGAUCCGUGUGGUGCGUGAGUCCAUCGAGGCCAAGCAGCAGCAGCUCAAGGACAUGGACGCCAAGACCAAGAAGACAUCUGAGCAGACGCAGAAGAUCGAGGGCCAAGUACUCGACGCCAAGUCACGGAUACUCAUACUCAAAAAUCAAAUCGACCAGGAACGAAAGAACUGCCAGACUGCAAAAGAGGUCAGGCAGAGACACCCACAGCCACACGAAUGCAUCUGUAGAUGGAUGGAUGUGCGUGUCUACUUGUUAGGCUCACGACGCUGCCCGUGCGCAUCUCAAGCAGCUCGAGGCGGACAAGACGGACCAUCUCAAGCAACUCGACGAGGCCAAGGCGAAGGUACAGGCAUCACACGACAGAACGGGAGAGGGAGGGAGGGGGAGAGGGAGGGAGGGAUGCUGUCCUCAUGUCAUUUGUGUGUGUGUCAGGUUGCGUCGGAGCAGGAGCGUGCCAAUGAGACCUUUCCGCAGCUGCUGGCAGAGGAGGACAAGAAAGGGGAAGAGCUCACAAAGACGCUCGAAUCGGUCAGCUGCCUCCUCAGAUUCCCCACACACCCCACCCAGGCCAUAUCCAUUCUCUCAUCUGCAGCAGCAGCGCAAGACCGAUGCGGCCCGUGCGAAGGCCGACGCCGCCCGCCAGCGCCUGCAGGAGGCGACGAAGCAGCUGGACGAGCUCAACCAAAAGGAAACAGGUGCAAACACACGCAAAACAAAUAGCCAGAGAAGGGCCUGUGAGGGCGUCUGCCUUGCGUGGAUGUGCAGAUGCUGGUGGAGACAUCAUAGGUCAGGUCGAGGCCAAGAAGAAGCGGCUUGAGCAGCUACUGUCGUCAUACGAGGAGGGGCAGACACACAUGCAGAAACUAAAUCAAGGUACCCACAGGCCCACAAACACAGCAACGAGGGAGGGCCUUGUGGGUUGCUGACUGAUGCAGAUUUGGAUGGGGUGCGCAAGUGUUUGGUCGAGCGUGAGACGAAGCUCAAAGAAGCCAAAGCAGCAUACCACAAGUAAGAGGGAGUAUCCACGCUCACGCAACACAUUUAUGUGGGUGUACUGUUGCAUGUCUGCAGGCAGCGUUCUGAGAGUGAGGCCGUCGCUCGCCAUCUGUCGUCUCUCAAGGCCAAGGCGGCGCAGCAGGAGGCGGCCAAGCGAGACCUGCUGCGCCGAUACGAGGAGCGAGAGGCUGCCGUGCGUGAGCUCGAGGACGGCGAGAAGCGGGUCGAGGAGAGACACAAGGAGAGCAAAGCACAGAUAGACGAACAGAUCAUGUCAGUGGCAGGGACAGAGGGGGACGAGAGGACAUCUGUGGUAGACUCUAUGCGUCCGUGUGUGUGUGUGUGUGUGUGUGUGCAGGAUGGGUUUGGAGGAUCUGCGGAGCGCGUUGAUGCCUGACAACGUGGCCGUGCGUGCUGAGGCACUCGCCAAGCGGACCAAGCAGCAGCGCGAACGCGACAUGAGGUAUGUCACACACGACGGACAAUCUCGUCCCUCUCAUCCGUCUGCGUGCAUCCACAUCCACACAUGUCGUUGGUGUGUGUAAAGUGAGAGGCGUGCGCGUGAUAAGAGGGAGCUCGAGGAGAUGGAACAAGAGUUCCAACAGCGACUCGAACAGGUAGAAGGAUGACCGGCACACAACCAACGACUGGUUAUGUGAAUGUGUGGCUGUGUGGAUAUGUGUGUGUGUGGCAUGAACCCAUUUGUCAGCUGCACCUGUCCGCCCGCAAUGAGCUAGAGGAGGCCAUUCGCAAACUGCAUCACAAGAAAGAACAGCUACAGAAACAGGUCAGCGCGUGCACACACAAACAGAUGAUUUGCCAGUCUCACGAUCGCCCGACUUUUGUGCUUGCUCCAUGCAGAAGCGUGAGCUCGAGGGCAAUGCGUUCAACACCCAGCCAGCAGCAGCCGACCUCAGCCCCGACGACUCGCCCGCCCUCCCUGCUCCCAUCGGCCGCCCAGGCUCUCAGGGUGCACCCGCCGCAUCUGUGGCUGGGUCGGUCAGGAGCGCUCCCAGCAGCAGGGGCGGCCGCACACUCCUCGAUCCACAAUCGGUGCAGCAGGGGGCCGGGAGCGGCGUGGCGCUUCAGCCUGUCAGGGGUGUGCUGAGGCUGGGCAAGUCACAGCUCAACCAGGACAACGCGUCCAAUGCGUCCCUCAUCCAGAAACAGCAGCAGGGGGCAGGUAGACUAGCAAGAGAUGGCUGGCUGGCCAGUCAUCCAUGUGUGUCGUUUCGUGUGGAUGUAUGCAGGUGUGCGGGGGGCGAGUGUGCGCGACGAGGCACAGAAGGGCGACGAUGCCGAUGAGGAGAGCCCCGCCGCCAUGAGCGUCAUCUCGCAGAGACUCAAGCGCCACCGAUCACACGGCAACCGCAAGCCACCUGCUCCCACUCCGGCCGCCAACCCCCCCAACCCCAACGCCAAACAGCCCAACAUCAGCCCCCAGUCGAUCGCCUCGUCCGCACCCAGUCGAGGCAACGCCAAACUCAAAGCACUCCUGCAGGUCAGUCAGUCUACCACACACACACACACACAGUGGGUGGGUAGGAGGGUGAGUGGAUGAAUCGGCUUGCUGUUGUCGUGUCAUGAUAUCAGGCACGGAAAGAGCCCACUCCCGUCGCCAAGCCACCUGCCAAGCCAGCCACCAAACCAGCCGAGCCGCGGCAGAAACCAAAGGUAUGGAGACACCAAUGCGACACUCAUGGACGUGGUGGCAUGUUUUCAUGUCAUCUCUGUCUGUGUCUGUGUGUGUGGGUUGAAGGCGCUCGGGUUCAACAUCGGCCGCAAGGCAUCGAGUGUGCCGAUCAAGCCGCCCACCAAACAGCAGCAGCAGCAGCAGCCCAAGGCCGCCCCUGCCAAGCACCACCAGAGCAGCACGGCCGCAGACGAAGACGACUGGUUCGGAGAACGGUGAGCGCCCAUCUACACACACACACAGAAGAGCGUGGCCGCCUGUCUGACGAUCGCAAGUGCACACAUUCAUCAGUGCUGCAUGUGUGCGACAAGCAGUGCAAGACCCCAAAUCGUCCGUGUGUGUUUGUGACUGAUGCAUUGCAUGUAUGAGGAGAAUCUCAGACUUGUCCACACAUCGCUCAAUCUGUUUGGUUUUCUAUUGUACAUUGAUGUGAAAGUG